UUGCUUGUUGCACGGGUUGGUAGUUAUUGGUGUUCUCUUUAUGUCGUUUUAUAUCAUAAUGUUCAUACUGGAGGUUGGCUGAUUGGAUUGAUUCUAAGAAGGAUUCAAGAGGUACUAUCGUCGUCUUCACAAUCAGACGUUCUUUCGCAUAAGGAGGAAUUGCGACUGUAUCACGCUUUAGCACAUCUCUAUGUUCAUGAAAGAAAAUUCGACUCGGCCAUCAAGAUCUAUACCAAUUUAGGGGACCAGCAGGUCUUUGCAGUGAUCGACAAAUAUCAGCUAUUUGAUCAUGUGAAGGAACAAAUAUCAGAAUUGAUGCUUAUAAAUUCUGAUCGAACAUUACGGCUUUUACUGGACAAUGAAGACAGUGUACCAGCCGCUUUAGUGAUGACCACAAUGGCUCGACAGCCGAAAGUCCAAAUGGCAUACUUGACGAAAUUGCUUAGUAAAAACGAAGGAGCAGAAUUUGCUGAUCAGGCUGUUCGGUUAUAUGCAGAAUAUGAUAGGAAGAAGUUAAUGCCAUUCCUGAGGAAAAACGAAAGCUAUCAAAUAAAUAGGGCUUUGGAAGUGUGCAGACAGAAGAAUUUUGUCGAAGAGAUGAUUCUUCUUCUGGGAAAAAGUGGAAAUCACGCAGAUGCAUUGGAUCUGAUGAUCAGAAAAUAUAAUCAGCUGGACAAGGCUGUCGAGUAUUGCCAAGAACACGAUGAUCCGGACCUAUGGACACGUUUGAUCGAUGAAGUUAUGAAGACGCCCACCCAUGUGGCUCAGCUGCUUCAUCACGCUGGCAGUAAUGUCGACCCUCUUCGUGUGAUUCAAAAGAUUCCGUCGACAAUGUCUGUACCAGGAUUGAGAAAUGCUCUGGUUGACGUACUCCGUAACUAUGAGGCUCAUGUGGAGCUGCAACAAGGUUGUCGUGAGUCAACCCGUGGAGACGUUCGAGAGUUAUUGGUGAUCUAUUUACGGACACAAGCCUUGGCCAUUCCUGUUGCUGCUCGUUGCUCAUCUUGUAGGUGGGUUUCAAAGAACAUAUCAUCGUCAUGA